CUGGACGACGAACGACCACGAGUUUUCAUUAUAUUCUCGAUCAUGACGAAACUCAGUGACAUUCGUUCUAUUCUCUUCGUGAGAUUCGCGUUAUUGUUAUUCGUUAGUAUCGUUUCAAUUGACGCGAAAAAGGAAUGCAAUCGCGACAAUUGUCCCGGACCAUUGAAAUAUUAUAAAGAUUUGAAUUGCAAGGCAAUUUACGAGAACGAAGGAGAUUGCUGUGCCAUUCGUUAUGACUGUGAUCAUUUAAAAUCGAGAUCUAAGGACAAGUGUUAUGUUAACGGACACGAAUAUUCGAUCGGUGAACAACUGAAGGAAGAGGAUGCAAAUCCUUGUGACAUUGGUUGUGUUUGUCGUAAAGGAGUAGACGAUAUAGCAUCUUUCGUAUGUGCAGUAGUCGAUUGUUUCCAUGGUCCGCUAAAUCCAAAUUGUUAUUUCAAAAAUUCACCGGACAAAUGUUGUCCCGGACCGGAAGUUUGUCCUGAUAAUAUGAAAGACAGAGCGACCUGUGAGGUCAACGGUAAAUUGUAUUACGACGGUGAUUACUUCACCGUUGAAUCUGAUCCCGAUUUAAAUUGUAAUUGUUUACCCGGUUACGAAGGUAAAAACGUUGAACCGUUUUGCAAGAAACCAAAUCAUCCAUACUGUAGUCCAGACUUUCGUAACGCUUAUGAGAUUUAUAAUAAUUGUGCACCGGUUUAUUAUAACAAUCAACCUCCUCAAACGAGCUGUAAUCUUUCGUCGAGAUGUCAGAAUGCCAAUGACACUGUCAUUCAUAAUCACGAGGAAGGAAAACAUGCAGGAGUAAACGAGGAUGAUAAUAUGACGUGUAAAUUUGGCAAUUUGAUAAUGCAUUUAGGCGACGAAUUGAGCCAAACUGAUAAUUCAUUCACAUGUAUGAAAUGUUUAUGCGAGGUACCACCAAUACCAACGUGUCAACAUCUUCCAUCCGAAAAAUGUAAAUAACGAGGAAACGUUUUACUUGAUAUAAUUAUACGAUGAAAAUAUGUAUAAUCAA